UCCCUCCUGUCCCAGUUCGAUCCUGACAACACUGGCUACAUCAGCACUGAGAAGUUUCGCUCCCUUCUCCAGAGACACGGCUCAGAGCUGGACCCCCACAAGCUGGAGGUCCUGCUGGCCCUGGCAGACAGCAACUCCGAGGGCAGGAUCUGCUACCAGGACUUCGUCAACCUGAUGAGCAACAAAAGGUCGAAUAGUUUCCGCCAAGCCAUCCUCCAGGGGAACAGGAGGCUGUGCAGCAAGGCGCUGCUGGAGGAAACGGGGCUGAGCCUUUCUCAGAGGCUGAUCCGGCAUGUUGCAUAUGAGACCCUGCCACGAGAGAUAGACCGCAAGUGGUACUACGACAGCUAUACCUGCUGCCCUCCACCCUGGUUCAUGAUUACCAUCACUAUUGUAGAGGUUGCCUUUUUUCUUUACAAUGGAGUGGUAUUAGACAGAUUUGUGCUGCAAGUCACCCAUCCCUCAUACCUGAAGAAUGCAUUGCUUUACCAUCCUCAGCUCCGUGCUCAGGCUUGGAGGUACCUAACCUACAUAUUCAUGCAUGCAGGGAUAGAACACCUUGGACUCAAUGUUGUCCUUCAGCUCUUGGUUGGGGUUCCCCUGGAAAUGGUGCAUGGAGCUGCGAGGAUCAGUUUUGUGUACGUUGCUGGAGUUGUGGCAGGGUCCCUGGCAGUGUCAGUAGCCGAUAUGACUGCGCCUGUGGUGGGUUCCUCUGGAGGUGUGUAUGCUCUUGUCUCAGCUCACUUGGCGAAUAUAGUCAUG